AUGACCACUCUGCUGGUCCUCCGCAAACAGGAGACAGGCGAGAGGUGGCAGUCGAAGUGGUGUCGGCGAUCGGCAUUUCCCAACAGCAUCAGGGACAGCAGCUCGAGGAGGGUCAAUCAUGGAUAUGAGGCCCACAAAACAAAGGUUGUCUGUCUGAAAGUUAACGUCUUCUGUGUCAAAGGCAAAGCCUUUGGGAUACUGGUCUUCUGGCAGGAGCAAAUGGUGGAGGUGGAGCCCAGGGUUUCCACAGCUUCCAAGUUCUUUACCAGGCAGUUCUUCUUAGCCAUACGCUUGGCAGUCAGAGUCAGACAUACCUGA